GAGUCCUUUGAAUUCUCCGAGCUGCAACUAUGACCUCCAUCUAUCGAGUCCUACAGCGCGACGAAGACAGCUGUGCAGCAAAGUGACCACCGGCCUCUUCUCACUCCGAGCAUCAGAUCGUUCUCAAGAGCAUCACUGACUCAAGAUCGUGACUAACGCGUGCUUUAAGCUUGAUACACACGGUUCCACAUCCUCGAUUCUGAAUUCUAACCAGCCUGUCGCUACACCUGUAUGCGAUUCGAACCAUCUACCAUUAUGGUUAGAUAUGUCCGAGUAUCCUAGGAGAGAGUGUCACAUCCACCAUUACCAUGUCUCAUGGAUAAACCUGAAUAGUGCAUGUAAAGUAAGUCCUCCAGGUACCGUUUUUCUCUCAAAUCCGGCUCGAGAACAUCCUUCAGAUCCAUCGUUCCGAGUCCCAAGUUCCUUCGUCAACGGGGUGCAACUUGGACUUUCCUACUCGGUCGCGUUACGAUUGAAGCAAAGCCCACUUCUAGGGGUCCCCUAUCUACCGAAUAGGCACGAGCACGGCACCCAAUACCGCUACUCCAAGUCUACCUAUUGCGUUGUCAUUGUACGAGUACUGACAUUGGAUACACUUAGCCCUACUCCACCAUGCUUACUGGUUUCUUCGCGAAGGUCGCGGCCACGGGAGGUAACCAGGCCCAGUGGGGGACUGCUCCCGUGGUGGACAGCACUUGUGAGACGCGGACUUCGGUCCUCCCAACAGGCCUCCGGGAUGAGGGGCUUCUCGCUGUCGGGGGUGUGCAAGACUCACCAGCCGCCCCCAAAAUCUUAGGAUACAAGAGAAAGAAAGGCUGAGUUUGAUCACUCGUUUCUGGGUGAUGUCACGGGACUAUUUGACCAAGGCCACGGAGGGUCCGC